CAGGUCUCUCUUUUCUUCGGUAACCGUUGCUUUGCGCGUGAAAACUGUAAAGAGCUUAAGAAGAAGAGAUAAAGCUGGAGAGAACAUUGCUUCCCGCGUUUUCCAUGACCCAAUUUCUUAUAAUGCCAUGCGUGCAAGCUAUGCUAAAAUCUUUCAGAGCUAUAAUCCACCACAAUAUACACCACUAGCUUAGCCACCCCUCUUCCUUAUUUCUUGGUCCUUGAUGAUUUUAAUUCUCUUUAAGCUUCUUCAUUCUUCAAUCACCCCUACUUCUCUUUAAGCUAAUUUAGUUUUCUUCUCUUUUGCUUUAUGUUAUUAGUUUACUUGUUUAUAAAGAAAAACCCAUUAACUUUUGUCAAAUUAAUAACUGGCCCCUGUUGAUUCAAAGAUAUUCUACUUUGAUUUGUCAACAAAGGGUUCAAAGGCUUAAAUUAACCUGUAGUUCUUUCUUAUCUGGUUUUUGUUUUACUCGGUCAGUUUCAGAGCCUUGAGAAUCUAGCUCUCUUUAAGAAGUUUUUAGUGGUCUAUGAUACUUUUUGGUCGACGUUGAUCAUCUAUGGUUGUAUAAAGCUUGCAACUCUUUGUUGGUAAUUUGGUGGCAAGUCUUUGUUUCUUCAUAUAUAAUAACUUUGCUGGGGUAGGAUCUUCUCUUUGCAGAGAGGUAUAGUAGUUUUCAUUAUUGUUAGGAGAAAGGGAAGUUGCAAGAAGGGACUAAAUUGAAUCAGGUUUGUGUUUAAUUCUUGCUUUGUUUAGAUUUGAAUUGAGGCUAUGGGAGGUCAUGUGAGCAAGAGGCCAGCUGAAGCAUCAUCUUCUUCUAUCAAUCUCAACAACAAUUUACAAUACACGACUGGAUUGAGCUCUUACGAGGCUGCUUGCCUGCUUGACAAGGACUUGCAGUCCUUUGACACCACCCUCCAAGCUCGGACCAAUCAUGUCAUCAAUACUCUUGCUGUCGGUGUUGAGGUCCGUGCACUUUCUUUUGAUUCCUUGAAGGAAGUCACAGAAUGCUUGUUGGAGAUGAACCAAGAGGUUGUUAAGGUUAUCUUGGAGUGCAAGAGAGACAUAUGGAAGAAUCAAGAAUUGUUUGAGCUUGUUGAGGAGUAUUUUGAGAAUAGCCUGCAAACUCUAGAUUUCUGCGCAGCGUUGGAGAAGUGCCUAAAGCGUGCCCGCGAUAGCCAAUUGCUGAUUCUUGUCGCGCUUCAACAAUUCGAAGAGGAAAGUGAGGCAGGAGGGAGUAAGUAUGUGAAGACCUUAGAGGAACUGAAGAGUUUCAAGGCAGCAGGUGAUCCUUUCACGGAGGAAUUCUUUCAAAUCUUUCAAUCUGUGUACAGGCAACAGAUAACGAUGCUUGAGAAGCUACAACUCAGGAAGAAUAAGCUUGACAAGAAGCUCAAGUGCAUUCAUGCUUGGAGGAAGGUUUCAAGUAUAAUAUUUGUAGCUACUUUUGCUACUGUAUUGAUUUGCUCAGUUGUUGCUGCAGCCAUGGCUGCCCCUCCUGUUGCUGCUGCUCUUGCUGCGGCAUCAUCAAUCCCAUUAGGCUCAAUGGGGAAGUGGAUUGAUUCUUUGUGGAAGAAUUAUGAAAAUGCAUUGAAGGGGCAGAAGGAGGUGAUUAGCACAAUGCAAGUUGGUACUUUUGUGGCCAUAAAGGACCUUGACACCAUUCGGGUUCUAAUUAAUCGCCUGGAGAUUGAGAUUGAAGCACUAAUGCAAACAACUGACUUUGCAAUUGAGCAUGAUGCUGUGAAGCUUGCAAUAGAGGAUAUCAAGAAGAAGCUGGGGGUGUUCAUGAAGAAUGUCGAGGAUUUAGGAGCACAGGCUGAUACAUGCAGCCGUGAUAUCAGGAGGGCUCGGACUGUGGUUCUGCAAAGGAUCAUUAAAAAUCCCCAAAACUAGACGGAUAAUGAUUCUUGAUACUUUCAUGGAUAGUUAUUGAUAUUCUGAGAUAUAUCUGAUUCUUAAUUGUGUUCUAUGAUAAUUAUAAAAUACCCAUUUUCUAGUUUGUAUGAUUGAUUAUUGCGAUUUCAUUAAUGUUUAAGUAAUAACUUGACUGCCAUUGAUGUUUAGGCAGCAACAUUUUAUUAGUUUCCAUUCUGGCAAAUAUCAGUUCAUGUUCAUUAAUUAUUUUCAUUGUGACCAUUGAUUUCUACGUUCAAUGUAUACCUGUUUCUUGCUCCA